AUGGAGGGCAAUUAUCCAAAUAACGGACAAUCUUACAGUGAGAUAGCUGAUGAGAUACAUGGAAAAUACUUAUCUGAUGUUUUCAAUCCAGAAAAUACCGAUUAUCAGAUCCUUUCUACAAUACGAUAUGAUCCGAAAUUAACUGUCAUACCACCAAUAAUGGCUUCUGAUAUUACCAAGGACAAUUUCUUCUUGUUAGAUGAACACUAUCAUAGAUUGGUAUUCACAUUAAAAUACUUUCAUGUCCAGAUACAUGAUCUGGACGAACUAGACUUCGAAAUACCGCAGGAUUUAUUACUAUCAAAACUUAUUGAAGCCAUAACCCUUUCUGAUAGAUUGGUAUUUGAACCAAUGAAAGUUAGAUUAUUAGUCUCCAUGGAUGGGGAUGUCAAAAUAGAGCUUCAUGAUACUGGGUACAGAGAUAACUUGCUUGAUGGUAUUCAAGAAUCUUCGUCGUCAACGGAGGAUAUCUGGGAUGUUUACAUUGAUAAAGAGCUGACAUUUAUGUCCCCCUUUACAUCGUUCAAAACAACGAACAGAAAAGUAUAUAGUGCAGCAAGGGAAAGAGCAUUACCAGGGCUAAGACCUGGAAAGGAAGAGGUGUUAUUGAUCAAUGGACUGGAGCAGUUAAUGGAAGGGUCUAUAACUAAUGUGGCUAUUAGGAGAAAGAAGGAUGGUAAAUGGAUAACUCCACAAUUGAGCAGUGGUUGCUUAUGUGGUGUGAUGAGACACUUUUUAUUAAGAAAGGACUUUAUUGAAGAAGAAACUAUAACUUUAAGAUCACUCGAAAUAAACACGGAAAUUUUACUAUUUAAUGGGAUUAUGGGUGUAGUAAAGGGUAAGAUAGUCGGAUAA